AUGAUUUCUCGUGACCAUACUUCAGAAUCUGGUUAUUUGGAGCCGGGAUGCACGAAAGUGCUCGAAGAUCCGCAGUACUUUAUCGUGUGGAUCAAAUUGGAGGAGGAACAGAGCUCUAUUUACAUCGAAAGUCUUUUGUCCGAAAGUUGUCAGUGGGAGCGGCGUUUUCCUCAGGAAGAAAAUGCGGACGACUUCAAGGCAUGUUUUGUCCCGAUUUGUACGGACAACUUUUUGCUGAUGUUGCUGUCGAUGACCAAGCGGUUUCAGGUUCUGCCUUCUUUCGAGUGUCGUUUGCGCUUCGCAAGGUUGCAGCGUUUGCUGGUGGCCAACUAUCGUUUGCAUUUGCAGCAGUUGUCCAGCAGCUUGCAGUCAGUUUGGUUAUCGCCGUUUUCGGAAGUGAUCAACUCAGCUGAGUACAUGGCAUACGUUCUGCGCCGCUGGCAAGACCAAACAUUGUACAUAGAACUUGAGGAAGGCAUAUUCGACGAAAUGAUCGUGCUGUUUACCGACUUAAAGAUGAGAAUGAUUACUGAUUCGGUCGAGGCUGUAUUGGAGGAGUGCAAAGAAAACGCAACGCGACUCGUUUCUGCGGUGAACAACGGUGAACCUAUGUUGGAAAAUGUUUUUUUUUCAUCCAUCGUUGUUCCCGUUCAAAACGCUUUACUUCAGAUGCAGCAAGGAUUAAGGUAAUU